GUGUGUAGGAGCAUCUCCCGGGAGGAUCUGGGUGCUCUUCCGUAGCCGCCGUCCUGAGGAAGGAGUUCUGGAAAGCCAAGGUGGGGGCGGCGGGGGGGAAUAGGCAGGAAGGACCUCUCAGCCCCGGGAGGGAAGCGGAGCUCUCGGCUUCCCGUGGAGAGACAAAUCUUUCUGGGCGAGGUUGGGGCAGGGGGCAGGACGCCGAGGAGGCAGAGCCUGCGUGUGGAAAGGCCUCUGGGCAGCCCGGGGUUUGGUCCCGGACAUUUCACGUGGUGUCCGGAGGAGGUACUGGGCAGCCCCCGGGAGCCAGCAGAGGGGAGGAAACCUGACGGCAGCACAAAUCCCCGCGACCUAAGGAGCGGAGGGAGGGCUGGGGUGCCCCCUGCCGCGCUUGGGGUACCAGGGCGGCCGCCGUCGGGGGCUUGGAUGCUAGCUAUGCUCCGCCGGCUCCGGGACGGGACGGGGCGGGGCAGGGCUCGUCCCCCGCUACCUCAGGUCCCUGCGCCGGGGAUGCCCCCUCCCCAAGUUCCUCGGCCCCAGGCGCGUCUCCCGGCGGGGGCGCCCUUGGGUACUUAAGAGCGCGGCGUCCCAGCGGGGCGGCUCAGUCGGCGUGUGCGGGCGGCGGCAGGGGCGGAGGAGAAGGAGGAGGACCAGGAGGAGGGGCAUGGAGCAGCCGCCGCAGCCCCGCUGAUCCGCCGGGAGACUGAGCAGCCGGCCGCAAGAUGCCAGUCCACCUGAGCACAGCCCUACGGGUAGUAGGCACCAGCCUCUUUGCCCUGGCAGUCCUGGGAGGAAUCCUGGCUGCCUACGUGACUGGCUAUCAGUUCAUCCACACAGAGAAGCACUACCUCUCCUUUGGCCUCUAUGGCGCCAUCCUGGGCCUGCACCUCCUCAUCCAGAGCCUCUUUGCCUUCUUGGAGCACCGGCGCAUGCGUCGAGGAGGGCGACCCCUGAAGCUGGCCCCGUCGGUGGCUCUGUGCAUUGCUGCCUACCAGGAGGACCCCGAUUACCUGCGCAAGUGCCUCCGGUCUGCACAGCGCAUCUCCUUCCCCAACCUAAAGGUGGUGAUGGUGGUGGACGGCAACAGGCAGGAGGACACUUACAUGCUGGACAUCUUCCAUGAGGUGCUCGGCUCAGAACACACAGGCUGCUACAUCUGGCAGAGCAACUUCCAUGACGUGGGAGAGGGCGAGUCAGAGGACAGUUUGAAGGAGGGUAUGGGCCGUGUCCACCAGGUGGUUCGAGGCAGCACCUUUUCCUGUAUCAUGCAGAAGUGGGGCGGCAAACGGGAAGUGAUGUACACGGCCUUCAAAGCCCUUGGGGACUCCGUGGAUUACAUUCAGGUGUGUGACUCAGACACAGUGCUGGAUCCAGCAUGUACUGUGGAGAUGCUUCGAGUCCUGGAAGAGGAUCCUCAAGUGGGUGGAGUCGGGGGAGAUGUCCAAAUUCUCAACAAGUAUGACUCCUGGAUCUCUUUCUUGAGUAGUGUUCGGUACUGGAUGGCCUUCAAUGUGGAAAGGGCCUGCCAGUCCUAUUUUGGCUGCGUUCAGUGUAUAAGUGGGCCCUUGGGCAUGUAUCGGAACACCCUUCUUCAGCAGUUUCUAGAAGACUGGUACCACCAGAAAUUCCUGGGCAGCAAGUGUAGUUUUGGGGAUGACCGGCACCUUACCAAUCGAGUUUUGAGCCUUGGCUACCAGACUAAGUAUACUGCACGCUCAAAGUGCCUCACAGAGACCCCUACAAAGUACCUCCGUUGGCUCAACCAACAGACCCGCUGGAGCAAGUCUUACUUCCGGGAGUGGCUCUACAAUUCCCUAUGGUUCCAUAAGCACCACCUCUGGAUGACCUACGAGUCUGUGGUGACAGGUUUCUUUCCAUUCUUUCUUAUUGCUACUGUUAUCCAGUUGUUCUAUCGGGGCCGUGUCUGGAACAUCCUCCUCUUUUUAUUAACAGUGCAGCUUGUGGGCAUCAUCAAGGCUACUUAUGCUUGCUUCCUUCGAGGCAAUGCAGAAAUGAUAUUCAUGUCCCUUUACUCUCUCCUUUACAUGUCCAGCCUCCUGCCAGCCAAGAUCUUUGCCAUUGCCACCAUCAACAAGUCUGGGUGGGGCACUUCAGGCAGAAAAACUAUUGUGGUGAAUUUUAUUGGCCUCAUCCCUGUGUCCAUUUGGGUAGCAGUCCUUCUGGGAGGGCUGGCUUACACAGCUUAUUGCCAGGACCUUUUCAGUGAGACAGAGCUGGCCUUCCUAGUCUCUGGGGCCAUCUUAUAUGCCUGCUAUUGGGUUGCACUCCUUAUGCUAUACUUGGCCAUUAUUGCCCGACGUUGUGGAAGAAAGCCUGAGCAAUACAGCUUGGCAUUUGCUGAGGUGUGACCAGCAAGGGUAGCUCUUUGAGCAAUGUGGGAUAAGUGCAAUGGGCAAGGGUAGGGAAGGGGUAAACUUGACUCCUACCAGUUUGAGAAAAGGAAGUGGGGUGGGCGGGAGGGAGGGAGUGCUGUGUCCUUGUUUUCUUAACUGUUGUCCAAAGGACAAGUUUCAGUGCAAAGGAGUUUGACCUGCAGUGUGGCUUUGGAGCACCAGUCCAAUGACACAGACCAUGGAUUCGAAUGAAACCGUUAUCAGGUUCCUUGGACACUGAGGCUCAGUGGCCAUGUUUCCUGCCUCUGCAUGAAAGCAGUGGACUCUGGGGAAGGCUGUUUUCUUUCUUGAGGCCUGAGUGUAAACCUGGGCAGAGUGUGCUAUGCACAUUUGAGGAUAGCUUCCAUUUAGUAGUAACUUCUUGGUGAGUAAGCUAGCCCUGCCUGAAGGCAAACCAGUCAUGGGCAAAUGGAAGAGCUGGGUCAGCUCAGUCUAACACCACAGCAAUAAUAUGGCCCUGAAGAUAUAGGCUGGCCUCUAGGAAUCGGGAUACAGAAUCUGAGGAUGGUGCUUUAGUUUGAAGACCCUUAAGUGUUCCUUAACACCAAAGGAGUAAACCAAACCGGCAGGGAUUAAAAGUUUCCGGUAGCAGUUAAAGGAGAAUUCAUACCAGAGAGAAGAGAGUAUGCAUGUAAAUCACCUGUUGUUUUAAUAUGCUACAGCCCGUAGUAAAUUCUAGGGAUGGAAUGGAUGGAAAGUUAAAGAGUUUGAGAUUAGGGCUGGUCCAGCUUUAGUUGUAUAAAUGUGAUCCUUUGUUGCUUUUUUGAUGUCUAGGUCAUUGCUGGCUCUUAUUGGUCAAUCUAUGGUCUCUGAGAUGAGGCUUUAGCCAGUAGCCAAACUUGGAAAGGAACUGGGGAUUUAGGCACUUCAGGUCCCUUUACUCAAGUCCUGAGCUAUCACAACUUCCAUUUUUUCCUUUUUCCAAGUGCAAGAACUUCAGAAAUUAUAACAACCAUUUAAAGCCUACGGUUCAGAAGUCAUCUAGAUCUGUGAUGGGUCACAACUUUCUAACUGAACCACUUCUCUCUCCUUUCAGAUGGCAGGUGAGUCUGCCCAAGACUGGUUGUUAAUUGUUAGGGGUGACUAGGGACAGGUAGUAAUAUUUAUGAAGCUGCUUAGAUUUGAAUUUCAGGUUGAUUACAACAAGCUAUUGCUUAUUUUACAUGAACUCCACACUCCUGUUAUCCAUAACCUGCUAUCUGGAUUCUACCAAUCAACAGAUUAGUUUACAGGUCCAAAUCUUGUCUCUUAGAUGUCAAUUAUGCCUCCACUAAUAGGUUUCUCCAUCCUAUCCCCCACCCCCACCCCAAGUAUUUUUUCAGCUUUCUCAUAGCAAAGUUUGAAAACCUUCAGCCUUAUAUUAGUUUUGCUUAUUUCUAGGCAAUAUAAAACUAGGAAACAGGGUGUUUCCAGUUUCUACAGUUCUAGUCUCAUCUCAUUGGCAAAAUCACCAUCAGCAGUCUAUUCUCAAUUCUUGGGUUUAACACAGACCUUUAUUUCAUCUCUGGCUUGAGUAUCCAUGUUUGGUAAGACCAUGGUAGUGUUGCUGAACUUAUUCUUCACUACUAAACCAACACGAACAAUCAAAAGGAAGAUGACUAAGAAAAAAAGUCUAAACCACCUGUUGCUUCCUGCAAGGGAAUGAGAUGUGUUAAAUGGCAACUGGGUCAACUUAAGGUGCUUUUCUUUCCAAAUGAGUUUGUGUCUUCAGGGUGCUGACAGAAGUGGCUCCAUUAGAGACCCUACACUUACUGGCAGGAGCUGCUAACACCAGAUCAGCUCAUCAAAGAUGAAGAAGAGGCCAGAGGCAAUGGCUUUAGGGUUCAGACUUAACUAAGGGCUUACUUUUCUCAAAUUUACUUAAGAGAUGGUUAAGGAAGGAAUAGGUCUUUCCUAGCUGUCCUGUUAUAAGAGUUCCUCUAACCUUGCUACUGUCAUCACUCUCCCAGGUGGAAAGGGAGUCAAGGCAGAUAAGUGAGCUUACAACUUUCAACCUCGACUGGUUUUUCUAAGUUAUUUUUUUAUAUUUUCUGUAAAACACACAAAACCAAACAUCUGCUUUAUCCCUAUUUCAUGUAAGGGAAGAGACUUUAUAUUAAUGAAAACAUUUGGUUUUUCUCUUAAAUCUCAUUUUAAUGAGGAAUUUAGGGUUUUUCUGAUCUUUUGUAUUUACUUAUUUCUAUGAUGAUUUGUAAAUUAUUUAUUUUUUACCUGCAUUUUUUUCACUUUUCAGAAAGGCCAAAUUUUUUAUACUAUGAUGUAUUUGUCAAAUAAAGAAAUUUGCACACAAGAACAGUAGUCUUGGUGUUUUCUCAGGGCUCUCAUCCAUCCCUUUCUUGCUAUUCAGUGUGAAAACUUAGAUGUCUACCGGGGAAUGCCAAACCCUAAAGCUGAGAUAGGCCUACAAGCCAUAGGUAUAUCAGGUAAUAUACCACUCUAUAUCACGUAGCAUGGCCAUCAUUUCUCAUAAAGCACCAAUAAAUCAGGUGUC